AUGUCUCCUCGCACCUGUCUGACGCUAGAACAAAAGCUCCAAGUGCACCUAAAGCUCAAGCAGAAUCCUGGCAUGAACAACCCCAUGCUCGACGAGUGGAUCUACGCAACUUUCAGGGCCCGGGUCAGCCGUGCCACACUCGCCCGACUGCGCAACCUGCCUUCUUCCUACUUCAGCCACGUCGACCAGAGUACGACCAAGCGGCGCCGAGUGAAAUUCCCUCAGUUCGAGCGGGAACUGAGGGAAUUUUUCUUUCAGAACGAAGCUAAAACGGCGAUGGCGGACGACGUGCUCCUGCUGAAGGCGCAUGAGCUGGGGAGCGUUUAG